AUGGGCGCCCCCUCCUUCCUCCCCCAGCAGCCUCAGCAGGGCCAGCACCAGUCCCAGCAUAAUCUCUCCAUGCUCCAAAACAAUCAAGGCGCGAACCCUGGUCUCGGCUUCAAUGUCAUGGCCCAACCCGGCGUCUCCCCUGCCCAGUAUCCCCUCGGUAUGCAGCAAUCCGGCCAACCACGUCGCUUCUUGCCUCCCCACUCCAACCCCCCCGGUGCCGGUCCCUCACACAUGGGCGGGAUGCCAAACCAGAUGCAAAACAUGGCCGGCUUCCCAAGCAACCAGAUGAUGCCACAGCAAACCCUCCGGCGCGUUCAAUCGCAACCCAUGUCACAACCGGGCGCGCACAUCCCAGGCAUGCAGCCAGGUAUGAUGGGUGGCGGUAUGGGGAUGAACGGCCAGCAACAGAUGGGUGGGAUGCGUCCUGGGAUGCAACCGGGGAUGACGUCGAUGCAAAUGCAGAUGCGGCAGCAGCAACAGCAGCAGCAACACCAACAACACCAACAACACCAACAGCAGUCACAGAUGCAAGGUGGCGGCAUGGGUCAGGACGUGGGUAUGCCGAUGAACCGGAUGCAAGGCGCGAACCCGCUCGCUCAUACGCGAACGGCCUCAAACCCGUCCAUGAUACCCGGAAUGACGCAACCUCCGACACACCCUCAGCAGCAUGGGAUGCAACAAGGCAUGCCGCACAACUCCUUCGUCAACCCGAUGUCUCUUCCACCUCAGCACCAGCACCAGCACCAGCACCAGCACCCUCAGGGCCAGAUGGGUUCCUCGCCGCACGCGCCGCCGGGACAGCAGCAGCCGAGCAUGGGCGGGCCAAUACCUGGGAACUCGAUGAUGCCUCAAGGGGCAGGGAACAGGGCCUCAAUGACCCCCGACAACGCCAUGUUCAACUUCUCGAACGCGCAAAUGCAACCGUCACUUCCCCAGCACGUCAAUCGCAUGGUCCCAAGCAUGAGCAACAACUUCAACAUCGCGCCUUCGCCAACGCCGUUAAACCCUGGCCAAGACAUGACGCAACGGGGAAGUGCGCCGAUGAAUCCGGCCGGCCCAAUGACUCCGGCGCAAGCCCUCGACCAUCUCAAUCAUAGCGGCGAAGGAUAUCCAACAUCGGCAUUCGGUAUGAGUCAGCAGUCGAAUUCCGCCCCUCCUCGUCCUCCAUCCCACAACGGCCAUGGUCCUCACGGCAACUUCCCCAUGCCUCCUCAGCCGUCGCAUCCACCGCAGCAAUCUCCCCGUCAGUCUGCCCAUCCCUCCACCCCGAUGCAACCUGGGCAUACAUUACAGCGUCCUCAAUCCCAGUCUGCACAUCGACAAUCCCCCAUUCCUCCCCUCGCGCCCAAUCGAACACCACGGAUGUCGCAAACGUCGCUUCCGACGAACGCAAGCGCGGGUAGCAUGCUUCCACCCGCACGGGUACCGACAACCGGGCCAGCCCAGAGUCCCCCAGGUCCGUCACAACCUCCGGGACAACCCCCUGCGAGUGCUCCGCCGUCGGUGCAUCCCGCGCAGAUUGCGCCGCGACCCUCAACGGCCACGCCAAUGACUGCGCCCGCAAACGUACCGUCGACUGCCCCAGCGCCCACACUGAGCAGCGCUCCGCAGACAACGCAUCCGAGCCACAGUCCUCAACGGCCUCAACAACCCGCUCCUCUACCGAUAACUCCGUCAAGUGCCCUCCCUCCCUCAUCUAACCCUUGGAAUGACGAAUGCUAUUGCCCCAGGCUUUAUCCUAUCGGUUUGGGUCAGGGCAUGGCACGGAUGUCCCAGCUGAGCAAUUAUUUGUCGCAGGAGAGCAAUGACCGAUUGAAGGAGGGGUUCUGGCUGGAAUUUGUCCAAUCCUUCUUUGUGGAGAAGGCGGCGAUGAAGCUCACGUUGUGGAAGGACAACCAGCAUGUUGAGGCGAAACCGUUCGAGAUCGGCUAUCCCAUCUUCGCGAGGUUUUUUCUCGUAACAAGUCAAUCUGGAGUCAGAUCCCAGUCGCUAGCCAUAGAUGGCGCUCGUGAGAGGCUGGUCAGUGACGAUCGAGCUCUCAUCGAGUGUCCAAUGGCUCUAUGGACGUUCCGUUACACCAACGGGUACAGCAUCACGCUCCGUGGGCCGUUCUCUGCCGAGAUCGUCGUCUCCCCAAACUUGAGCCGACCCCGGUCCGCAAAUGGCAACACGGCCUCGGAUUACUACCUUAAGGUGGAGAGGAUGCAGUUCGAUGCAUUCUGGCACGACAAGUAUCUCGCCUACGACGCCAUCAUUGGCGACCGAAUACCCGAUUCGCCGAGGAUGAUCACUCCAUCUCCCAAUGGAAUGGCGAAUGCGAACGGGGCAGUCCAUGAGGACCCUUCGCGGAUGGAAGAGCCUCGUUAUAUCAUCGAACGCGCUAGCAUACCUACGGAACCCAUUAAUGCGUUCGGAAUUCCUCAAGCCACCAUGCGGUGUCUCGAGCUAGCGGAAAGCGUCGCGCAGAUGACGGAUCUUAUCCAGUUCUCUUGUACUCAUAAGAUGGGGCCUGUCGAGGCUUUAGGCGCUUUCGCAGAGAGGCUCCGGAUGGAGCGAAUACGGAAUCCGAGCAUGAUGAUGGAAAGCGCUCCGCGUCCGACAUACUCAUCCGACGGGCUGAACGACAUGGCGGGCCCUACUCCCGGUCCUUCAACAACAACGCCUGCCAUGGGUCCUUCCCAACCUCUCGGCGGCUCCCCGAUGGCGAUAGACGGCUCGAAACAGAGUAAGGGCACGCCCGCCGCGUCAGCCUCCACUCCCGUCGCGUCUGCUUCGACCCCGGCGUCCGCACCGACCCCCGGCGGGCCGACGACUCCGUCAAUUGCGAACGCGACGUUGAAGCGCAAGGCGCCAGCCGGUGGGCGCACAGGCGAGGACUCGCCCACGGCCACAGUCGGGGACUCUGCACCCGCGGCUAAGCGACCAAAUCGAAAACGGGGCAAGACGCAGGGGUCAUGA